AUGUCUGCCGACUUUGACGCCCACGCCCUUCUCGAGAUCGACCCCAUACCUCCCACAGACUUUGGCGCCUUCGUCACGGAGGUCCUCGCCCAGCACCAGCAAUCCGGCGACGGAGGACAGAAGAUAGACCAGAAGGUCCUCCGCCAAUGCAUUGACCUCGCACCUUCAUUCCUCCUCACGGAUACCGCCAUGACCCCUGCGUCUGGUGCCGACACCUGGUUCACGGGCCUUGGCCGGCUGGUGGACCUCGUCGUCAUCCUACACAAGCGCGGCGAGCUCGAACUCGAGACUGUCAACUCUGCCUCACGAGCCUGCUCAGAAUGCUGGACCAUUGCUGGGACUUGGAGACAACUCGAGGAAUGCAGAGUCAGCGUGCGCAACAUCGGCUCGCGCCUCAAAACGAUACUGGAUCCUAAUGAGAGGACCUAUCAAGGUCAACGCGUUUAUGCCCCGUGA